AUGCCUCCCCGACUGCCACUGACCCUCGCGCCUCGAUGCUGCGCUGCGGCAGUUGACGCGCCCUCAAAAUCGACAAGCUUGGUGUCCCUUUUCGCCGCCCUCUCAAUACAGACCCGCAGCGCAUCCAUUCUCGCGAGCCUCUCCAACAACAAAGGCGCCUACCAUAAGCGCAUUCGCGUGGGUCGCGGCCCAUCUUCUGGCUAUGGCAAGACGGCAGGGCGUGGUCACAAGGGCCAAAAGCAGCAUGGCAAAGUCAAGCCGUGGUUCCAGGGUGGUCAAACACCAUUGAUCUUCAGCCGUGGGCGGAUGGGCAUGGAAAACCACCGCGCCCCCGAAAUGAUGGAGUUGAACAUCGACCGCCUCCAGAAGUUCAUCGACGCCGGCCGUCUUGACACGACGAAACAGAUCACGCCCCGCGAGCUUGUCUUAUCCGGUGCCGUGGGGAGGAACGUCAAAGACGGCAUCAAGCUCCUUGCUCGCGGCGGGGAAGCGCUGAAAACUCCGGUUGAUAUCGUCGUAUCUCGGGCAUCCGCUGCGGCAAUCAAGGCCGUUGAGUCGGCUGGCGGCAAGAUCACGACCAGAUACUACACCAAGAACGCCAUAAAGCGACUGGUAUACGGCAGCAGCGUUCACACCGAUAAGCCGCUGCCAGUUGGACCCGAGCACGUCGACAAUGUUUUGGAGCAGGCGAGGAUUGCUAAGAAGCACUACUACCGCUUGCCUGACCCGACAAGCCGAUGGAAUAUCGAAUACUACAGGGAUCCUGCGCACAGAGGCUACCUGAGCCACAUGCUGAAGCCCGGCGAAUCGCCCAGUCUGUACUUCAGGGUGCCGGGCGAAACGGUGGAUGAUAGCAAGUGGGCCGAGGCCCGGGAGAAGGCGCUGAAGGAGCAGGCUGACAGGUUAUUCUAA